AGUAAAUAAAAUGGAAUCAUCAACCCAGAAUGGCUCUUUCUUGCUAACGAAAGUUGGUUUUGUAGUAAACCUCUUACCCUACUACAGUAUAAAUAUAGAAGAAUGGUUCGACCUUAUGUGGGGAAUUAGUCGUAAAACAAGAGAGUUUUAUAAUACGAAUAAAUCUCUACCUUAUCAUUCAAGCAUCCGUCUUUUGAAAUAACCUGCAUAAAGAAUGAAAAAAGAAACAGCUAGAGUACAUGCAGGACAGGAUCAGCAAGUAUGAGAAAUUUGAAAAAAUUAUCUCAAGAAGUUUUUCUUUGUAUCUUAAUUUCUUUGCUAAGAAGGAGAGCACCCUCGAUUUUUGAAGAGCUGCAUGAUCCUUAUCAAAUACAAAGAUGAACUCACUGGUGAUUGUAGGCAUCUCAAAGCUUAACCAAGAAGAAUUUACUAUCCUUAAGAACUUCUUAGAACAGAAUGUCACAAAGAAGCUCGAAUUCGUCACUCUUCAAACUAAAGUCAGUAGGCGCUGUAAACAAAUUGGCUGUCUACCGAAAUGAUUGGUGAAAAUUAUGGAACAGGCUACUAAGCUUAUAACCUUAAAUGGUUACAAAAUAAAAGCAGAGGUCUUUACGAGAAAUUUAAGACUCCCUCCUAGAUGGGAGUGGUUUACUCGUGAAAGUUCAGACUUUGAAGAUUUUCUUGAUGAAUUUGAAGUUCAGGAGCAGGAGCCAAGAAAAUUGCCAACUAUGGAUUAUCAUCGUCAGAAGUUCAACAAGGCUGGCCAAGAGUAUCUCAGAUAUCUCAAAGAGUGUUACAAUAGAAGAUCAUGUGAUAAUUAAAUAUAAUCUGAUUCAUCCAA